AAACGUCCUGUUAUGCAACCGCUGACCUACUAACAUACAUUUCUAAACAGAAGCAGCUAGCGGCAGGAUACUGGAGCGCCUCGCCAACACAACACAAGGAGCCAGGGCAAAAACACACGGGCUGCGGAAUCCAUGCGGUCUGGACACGGCGUGUAGUGUGUGUGGAUCACUUCGCCUUUUUAUUCAAGCCACCGAGGCUGAUACAAAGAGACUAAUUAUAGUCGUCGGGCGACUGAAGAUAUUUUAGAUACAAGCACAAAAGCCACAAUCGCCUUUCAUCAAACAGCCAGCUGGAGGCUUUGGGAGCAGCAGCACCCCUCCCCAAGAGGCUGACAAGCUAGGGCAGACCGAGUGACCUAUAUCCUCCAACACGCCCAAGGCACUGGGACACAUCUCUGUCGGCUUGAUAGAGCCGUUACAUAAACGAAUAAAAGUGAAAACAAAGAAAAGGGGUCAGAAUCCUUUAAACAAAUUUGGUCACAUUUUCUGUACUUCAGGACUUUAUUGCCCCUCUUUCAUUCCCCGGUUUGGCUUUGACAGACAUUGUGCGCAAGACAGCCGGAAGAGUUUACUCAUUGAGGAAUUCUACGGGUUUGUUAAAAGCAGGAGACUCAUAAAGAGGUGCAACUGUUCUUGCUCUUCUUAGCCGACCUGGACACUUGAUCAUCUAGGGAUAUUUGCUUGAGCUUCACAUCAGCAAAAUCAAUGAGGUUCAGUUUUCCAGAAACUAAAAUAUCUCAAAGUCUUUGCUGAUCCAGCUACUUAGUUGAAGAUUCUCCAGUCCACUGUUUGUUGGGAUAUCCUACAGGAAUUCCCGUAGCCACCUUUACACCCUUUACCCCAUCCGUUUCUUCAUUUAUUUCCAUUACCAGUGGUGAAGCCAAGGUCCCAAACUGGCUCCCAUUGAGGAGCAAUGGAAAGUUUGAGCUUACAAAUCUCAACAAAUUCCAGUGCAAGCAAAACCUUAAAGAACACAGAAAGCAUUCUGGACUACAGUGAUCUUGUCCAUUCACCUCAAAGCAACAUUCGCCAGAGCCGCCUUCUCAAACCAAAGCCAAACAUGAGCUGUCGACGCAAGCGUGAGUUCAUCUCAGAUGAGAAAAAGGAUGCAUCCUACUGGGAAAAGCGACGCAAGAACAACGAGGCAGCAAAGCGUUCCCGGGAGAAACGACGCUUUAAUGACAUGAUCCUAGAGAACAGAGUUAUGGCGCUGAAUGAUGAGAAUGUACGCCUGAAAACUGAGCUUUUACAGCUUAAGCUCAGAUUUGGUCUGAUAAGUACAGCCUCCUACAUGGAAAAGAGUCAGCAGAUUGGUGGAGCAGUCAAUGGAACUUCUGGGGGAAACUCUACACCUUCCUCUACCACCAGUCUCUUCUACCCUAAUGAUUACUCCAGUGUUUCUCAGAUGAUGAUAAACUCUGAUUCUUCUGAAACGGAGCAGUCUGUUCGAGGGGAUGGGCAUGUGAAAUUGGCAAAGUACUCCCCGCGAGGUUCCCUCUCUGAUAUGUCUGAUGACUCCUCUCGGGACAGCCCAGAGCCAUUGGUGUAUGACAUCAAGCAGGAAGGGAUGGGUCUGGAUAUGGACAUUGUCAAUAGCACUACCAGACAGUUCAUGUUAAACAUUCAUUCUAGAUUGCCUGCAGUACUUCACCAGCACACUUUUGAAGGUUAUUCAGCCAACCAACAGAAGCAACGACGCCACGAGACCACUGCAAGUCCAGUCAUCCCACAAUCCGCUCAAAGAAGUGUUAUCCUAUACCGUUCAAGCAGUGCCUCGUAUCCUGUGGAAACUCAGGAAAUGAUUCCUAAUGAACAGCAGAACCUCACUCAGCCUACAGAGGGACCAACUGGAAGUCCGAAAAGCUUGGCAGAGGUGUCUAAACGGCUAGAGAGAAAAACUUUGGACUCUCCACCUUAUGACUACCCAGAUGGGGAAGCAGCCGAAAGGCAAGCUUACAUUGCUCAGCGACAGACCCCCAGGGUUGAUGCUGCUGCCCCAGAUCUUCUAAUGAGACCAGAGGAGGGAGAUGAAACACAGAUGUACCACUGUUCUAAUGGCACCUUGGAGAAUGACGAUCCACCAGUGCUGACCUACGAAGGAAGCUUGAGACACGAAGAGUACUACGAGGCUCACUCAGGAAAGGACACUUCCUCAAGUGACGGGGAUCCCCGCAGCUCUGAUAAAGAGGGCUCCACCGAUGAUGAGUCUCCCUCUUCAUCUUGCUCCGAUACAGGCAGCUACCACCCUCACAUAUUCGUGACCCAGAGCUCCUUCUCUCUAAGCCAAUGCAAAGACGGCCAAGCAGAAAUCAAAGGCACUGCCCUACCCCACAAAUUGAGACUCAAGCACAGAGCUCAGAGCAACGGCAGAGCAUCAUCUCAAGACUCGCCAAUGACGCCACCUGCUAACUUCCAGCCAUUACCUCAGCAUCCUUACCUGGCCUUGUCUCAACCUGGCGGUCAGUCGAGUCCAGGGUUUUGCAAGCAGGACACCUCGGCUGGAAGCAUUGAAUGUGGGAAGAAGGAAUCCAGUAUGCGUAACAGUCGCAACAAGAGACAUGACUGAACGUAAAACUGUGGGACUCACUUGGGUCUUGAUAUAAAGCCCCAAGAGACUUUUUAUAAGCCCAUCUUGAGGUCCUACCUUGAUCUUGUACCCUUCACCCAUUCCCUGUGCAAAUGCCAAGGGAUAAGAGAAGUGGAUAUCGUCAGGACUGCUGCAUUGUAUUUGCAUUGUACUAUAAUGUAUAUACUUACCUUUUGUUGGUUAGGUUUGUUUGUUUAACCUCCUCUUAAGGUUACAGCAGUACUUUUAUAACAGAAUGAAAUAGGAUGACAUGCUGUUGAUCACAUUACCCAUAGUUCCCAUGCUGCAACAAGAUGUCAAAGUGUAUAUUCAAUUCAAAAGCAAUAUCUACCAUAUGUGAGGCAUGGUAAUGGAUUCAUAUUUGUAAAUAGACAACUUCAAGUGCCCCUUUUUUAGUUUUUGGCCACACCUUAACAACAGAACAUUUGCAGGUGGCUAUGCACCACAUUUAAACAUACCAAACACCAGAAGAUUCAGGGAAUAUUUCCCUUGACCAAAGAAACAUGGAUUUAAGUUCAUACCUCUCUCUGCUCCCUACCUCUAUCUGCUUUUCUAACUAGUGCUCCCCAUCACUUUUCCCACAUUAAACAGCCUAGCUACCACUCCUCCUUGAUCAGGCACCUGGUUUGUGUGUAUAAAAUGUGAUGUAAAUAUUAUAUAUGAAUAUAUUUUAAGAAGAAAACAAAAAGUUUACAU